CAACAACGAAUGUGAAGGCGCUUGGCCCAAAGCACGACCCGUAAGCCAGCCAGCCAGCCGCCUUUCUCGGCCCUUCCUUCCCGCCGCUCUAUGGUUGGCGGCUCACUUCCGCCAGCAACAGAGACUCCUUGGGGGGGGGGAGGAAGAGGAGGAGGGGAGAAAAAAAAAAAAGCCGAGGAAGAGCAGCUGAGGUUUUCCCUCUGGUCCGGCCCUGCGGCUUCCUCGGGCGCCUCUCGCGGGAACGGCGGCGCUCUCGCGAGAUCUCCCGCCUGCCUUCCUGCCUGCCUGCCUACCUGCUUGCUGUUGCUGCUGCUGAACGGUCGGCCAAGCGAACCGCCUGGAGGGGGCGCUCGGGUUUGGCGUUUGAAGGGAAGGUCUCCGGUUUCUGGUGAGACGGGAAGAAUGGAGACGGCAGUGGAGCCUGUGGUCCUGGACUGCCGGGGAGACCAAAGGUGUAACGCCAGACCGGAUGUAGACUAUCCGCUUCGGGUGCUCUAUUGCGGAGUCUGUUCCUUGCCAACAGAGUAUUGUGAAUACAUGCCUGAUAUGGCAAAAUGCCGGCAAUGGCUAGAGAAGAAUUUCCCAAAUGAAUUUGCGAAGCUUACUGCAGAAAACUGCCCUAAACAAGAAUCUGGCAUCGGAGAAGGCCAAGGAAUGAUCGGGGAAGAGGAAGAAAAGAAGAAACAGAAGCGAGGCGGAAGGGGUCAGAUAAAACAGAAGAAGAAAACGGUGCCCCAGAAAGUGACGAUAGCAAAAAUCCCCCGGGCGAAGAAAAAAUACGUCACACGAGUGUGCGGCCUUGCGACUUUUGAAAUAGAUCUUAAGGAGGCCCAAAGGUUCUUUGCUCAGAAGUUUUCCUGCGGGGCGUCGGUUACUGGGGAGGAUGAAAUAAUUAUUCAGGGAGAUUUCACAGACGACAUCAUCGAAGUGAUUCAGGAAAAGUGGCCCGAGGUGGACGAUGACAGCAUCGAAGAUCUGGGAGAAGUGAAAAAGUGAGAUUCCUUUGGAAAAGCCACAAAUUCCGGCCUUUUUUUUGGACAGACGCCCAACUCUAGCCAAAACAGUCCAAGUGGGACUUUCCCUGACAGAUCCGUUUGAAGAGGCUUGUUCCCCCAGUGGGAUUUUUACCGUGGUCUAUUUUUUUUUUGUCUGUGAUCUUUCUUUGCCAAAGUUUAAAUUUGGGGGAUGUGAGCACAUCCUGCUUUGGCCUGGAAAUAGAGCGUUAAUAAAGAAGUUACUGUUCUUGGC